CUGCCCAAAAGGCAGUCUGUUAGAAAGAAUUACCUGGUAGGAUUUUGAACUCCAGGGAGAAAGUUUCUAUGUGUUUUGAAAGGAAAGAAGAAUUAAGUUGUGCUUUUUACCAAUUUCAUUGGCAUCUUUAUGUGGAAGAGAAGUUACUUUGGUAAAUAUUUAUUUCAAGAACCAUGACUACAAAAACCUUGGAAGUUUAUUAAGAAAAAUAAAUGUUUUUCAUGCAAGGACAGGAUCUGCAUGUACUGCUUUGGCUCCCGGUAUCUUGUAAAGACCAUCUGAGGUGCCCAGCCCAGGAGAGGAAAUGUUCUAGUGACACCCGAGCCUCAGCCCACACUUCUAGAGCCAUGUCUACUGCACAAAGAGAAGGCAGCUGCCACCUCUUCAACACUGUGCACACCUGUAAACUGCAGCUUCCAGAGGAUCAGCGACCUCACGAGAAAUUUAUUGUUGCUCAACCAAUGUUUGUUUUUGAAAAAAGGGAACAAACUUUCAAGAGACCUGCAGAAGACAGCCUGUGUGAAGUGGUGGAGCAUGAAUAUAAUGAUUUUUUGAGAAAGCGUAUACGGUCUUCAUCUUUUGCCUUGCAUACCACAGAUUCUCAGACGCAAGGAGUGUCAACCUUGUCCCAGAAACAAAUGAGAACCUCUUCCUUUACUGACUUCCCAGUCUUCCCCCCUUCUGGGCCAGUGAAGAAAAACAAUGUUUUUAUGACAUCAGCCCUUGUGCAAAGGAAUGUUGAUUUGAACAAAGAAGAACAAGGUCCUGUGAAACAUUCAGAACAUGUUCUAAGACCUGCUAUUUUGCAGCCACCACAAGUACAAAGAUGUGAAAAAGUAAGAAGAACGUUUGGACACGAUGCACUGGAACUCCGCAACAUUAAAGAAAUUGCAAAACAUAAGGCAAAAAAACCUCUUAUGAUUCCUGGAGAAACUGCCUAUUUUCUAAGUGAAAAUUUACCGAGUGCCAGAAUUUCAGUCCAGUUGUCUAUGAACCAGAAUACUUUAGGUGCUUCAUCUGCAGGAUGCCAACCAAAUGAGGAUAAGAAAGCCUUUAAAAGUUGCAGCUCUGAUUUCAUAUUUGGAGAAAACAUGGUGGAAAGAGUUUUGGGUAUUCAAAAACUCACCCAGAUUCAAACUGAAAAUGUUUCCUACACCAAGGAAAAACUACUCAAAUCCUCUCUAAAAUUUCCUAUUGAUUCUCCAAGUUCAAGAACAGACUCUAUUAAAAAUAUAUCACUCAUUGAAUCAGCUGCUGCCUUCUCCUCUAAACCAUCAUCAAAAUGCUUGCUGGAAAAAAUUGUUGUGAUAACAGGGGAGGAAGCAGAACAUAAUGUGCUAAAGAUCAACUGUAAGCUCUUUAUAUUCAACAAAACAACACAGUCCUGGACUGAACGAGGCAGAGGCACUCUCAGACUGAAUGACAGAGCGAGCAGUGACUGCGGGACCUUCCAGUCUAGACUAAUUAUGCGCAAUCAAGGCAGCCUGAGACUGAUUCUCAAUAGCAAACUCUGGGCCCAAAUGCAGAUUCAACGAGCGAACCACAAAAAUUUACGAAUAACAGCUACUGACUUAGAAGACUGUAGCAUCAAAGUAUUUUUAAUUCAGGCUGGUGCCAAAGAUACAAGAUAUCUGUAUGCGGCAAUACAUCAUCGUCUUGUUGCACUGAGAGCCUUUGAUAAUCAGAAAAACAUAUAUCAAGCUGAAGGCCAGGCAGAAACAGUCGUCCAACAAUUAAGCUGUGAUAGCUGUGAUGAGGAUGAAGACGAUCUUAUCCAUGUCACCAAAAUUAGAUCAGAUCCUUCUAGGUGGACCUGCAGAAAGUCAGUUGCCUGUUCAUGAAUGAUAUCUACUAUGAACAUGACAACAUCUACAAAAAGGCUAUCUUACUGAAAAUACUGAACUAUCCUAGAAGAUCCUAUUCAUUCUUGUGAGCAUUUAUAGCUCAAUAACUAGAAUUACUGCAAUUAAAAUGUUUAUCUUAUGCAGCCUAAUAAUUUUUAAAUUUUAUAUUUGAUUAUUGUGAAUAAAAUUUAAGAAAUAUAUAAACUUUGAAAGUAAAAUUUAUCAUUUUUGCAGAAAUUAAUAUAGAAUAGGAUUUGAUAACUGACUCAAACUGUCCAUCACA